AGUUGCAGUAUAUUUACAAGAGCCAGUGUGAUCACAUAACUAUGACUACGAAGUGUUUUGUGUUAUUGAUAGCACUGGCCGGUUGUGUCUACGGCAAAUCAAAUUAUAAAUUAUGUGUGCCUGCACCAUAUUUAAAGGAUUGCCAGCAAAUGCUGGAUGUGGAAACAAAGAGCAAAGCUAUCAUAGAAUGUGUUCCAGCGAGAGACAGAGUGGAAUGCUUAAGUUAUAUUCAACAACGUCAAGCUGACUUUGUACCGGUUGACCCUGAAGAUAUGUAUGUUGCAUCCAAACUGCCUAAUCAAGAUUUUGUUGUCUUUCAAGAGUUCAGAACUGAAGAUGAACCCGAUGCCGAGUUCCGUUACCAAGCUGUAAUAGUAGUUCACAAGGAUCUACCAAUAAACAGUUUGGAUCAGCUCAAGGGGUUAAAAUCAUGUCAUACUGGCGUGAACAGGAACGUUGGAUAUAAGAUUCCCUUAACAAUGCUGAUGAAGAGGUCGAUAUUUCCGAAGAUGAAUGAUCACUCCAUAUCACCAAAGGAGAACGAACUGCGAGCUCUAUCCACUUUCUUCAAACAAUCGUGCAUUGUUGGCACUUGGUCGCCUGAUGUAAAAACCACAUCGGCGUGGAAGUCCCAAUACAAUCAAUUAUGUGCGCUGUGCCAACAUCCUGACAAAUGUGACUACCCCGAUGACUACAGUGGUUACGAAGGGGCGUUAAGGUGCUUGGCCCACAAUGGUGGUGAAGUUGCCUUCACAAAAGUCUUCUAUGUACACAAAUUCUUUGGACUUCCACUAGGCACGAUACCCGCCAAGCCGUCACCUGAGAAUCCGACAGAUUUUCGCUAUCUGUGCGUGGACGGAACCAAGGUCCCAGUUGGUGGUAAACCUUGUACAUGGGCCGCGAGACCUUGGCAGGGCUUGAUUGGUCACAACGAUAUCUUGGCCCAACUUUCACCACUCAGGGAAAAGGUCAAACAAUUGGCUGAUGCGGGAGCCACCAGUAAACCAGAUUGGUUCACAAAAGUCCUAGGUCUUUCGGAGAAGAUGCACCACGUCACAGACAACAUACCAAUCAAGCCAACUGCCUAUCUCAGCAAAGCUAACUACACAGAUGUCAUUGAGAGAGGACACGGAGCUCCAGAACUGGUUGUCAGGAUGUGCGUGACAUCCAACGUGGCGCUAGCUAAAUGCAGGUCUAUGUCCACGUUUGCGUUUAGCCGAGACAUUAGGCCGAUAUUGGAUUGUGUGCAGCAAAGUUCGGAAGAAGAGUGUCUUAAAAGUGUACAAGACAAUGGUUCAGAUCUAACAUCAGUGGAUGAUCUCGGAGUAGCGUCCGCAAGCAAGAAAUAUGGUCUACAUCCCGUGUUCCAUGAAGUGUACGGUGAGAAGAAAACUCCAAACUACGCUGUCGCGGUCGUUAAGAAAGGUACCGCGUACAACAACAUUGAAGACUUGAGGGGAAAACGAUCUUGCCACAACUCGUACGGUAGUUUCAGCGGCCUCCACGCACCGCUUUUCUAUCUAAUCAACAAGGGUAAAAUAAGCACAAAUUCUAAUGAAUGUGUUAAAGGCAUUGGCGAUUUCUUCUCUCGUGGUUCAUGCAUACCUGGUGUUGAUAAGCCGGAAUAUAAUCCUAAAGGUACUGAUGUUUCAUCGCUGAAGAAAUUAUGCACGACUGAUAAUACUCCACUCAAGUGUCUUCAAGAUGAACGAGCUGAUGUUGCAUUCGUAUCGAGUGCCGACUUGCAUAAUUAUGACGAGUCGCAAUAUGAGCUUCUGUGUCUAAACAGAGAAACUGGGGGCCGAGAUGCACUUUCAAAGUAUACUACAUGCAAUAUCGCAAUGGCCCCCUCGAGAACUUUCCUAGCUGCUAAAACCAGCAUAUCUGAUGUAUCGAUAGCACAUACUCCAUUAAGUUUGGCCCAACUUCUCGACACCAGGAUUGAUCUGUUCAAUAUUUAUGGAGAAUACCUAAAGAACAAUAAUAUCAUUUUCAAUAAUGCUGCAACAGGAUUGCAAACUACAGAAAAACUGGACUUUGAGAAAUUUAAGACUAUCCAUGACGUAAUUUCUAACUGUGGAAUUGCUUGAAUUACACUUUCAUAUUAUUAAGGAAACAUAACCAAAUUUUUUUUACUUAAUGAUAUGUAUAAUAUAUGACACAGUGAAAACAAGUCUGAUUGUGAACUUUUUAUU